GGGGUCCUGCAGGUGAACCUGCGCCCCGUCUUCCCCCCAGAAAGCGGGCGGCGGCCCGUGCCUGCUCCUGCGGACCCCCCCACCUGCGGACUCCCCCACCUGUAGACUUAGGCGGCGGCCUCAGCUCCGCUGUGUGUUCCCCUCGGAAAGUAGUCACGACACCUCCCUCCCGGAGUCUUCCCUUGGAAAUCAGGCGGCGGCCACUUUCCCCUGCAGAAGUCAGGUCGCUUCGUCCAUAGAUAGGACUGCGACCUGGCCUAGGAAGCCAGUGGCCCGCCGUUGCCGUAUUUCAUCUUUCUUUUACAUUCCCCACAAAUUCUUAGCCCUAGCAGAAACUGAAGGGCAUGAGACCUCAGGAAACGAGGGGGUCACAUUGAGCAUACUUAGGGCUGGGAGGGAUCCCAGGACGUAUGGUUCCCAGUUAAGGAUCCCAAAGCCCAGGCCCCAGAAGGCAGAAUGCGCCGCGCAGGCAGUUGUAACGGCUCAAGUGUCCUGAACUGACUUGCCCCAAUUGCCAAGUCACGACUUUGAAGUUAGCACUUGAGGCUGGUAACUCCCCAGAGAGCCGGUGCCCUUGUUCCUGGCUGCCUGGAAAAGAACUUGAGCUAAAAAUGCGCCUGUGAAAAGGAGAGUUAGUUGAAUGACAAGUCUUGAACUAAGAACCUUUUAAAAGAUUGGCUGUACCAGCUAUCAAUAUUGGGGAAUGUUGACGGGAGUUUAAGAACACCGAAAAAACAUUGACCUAGGAAAAUUAACUUUGCAUUUGCGUGGAUAUUAUGAUAAUUAUUUUUUUCUCAGCUAAGAAUCUCCACCUUAUGUUUUAGGCUUUGCCCAUUUAUUAAAGUUUUAGUUGUCUGCCUUUUUUUCUAAUUUGGAGAAAGUAUAAAAUUUCAUAAAUCACACGGGAAAAUUUCACACCAUCUUUGUUGCCAGUUUCAUUCUGUUUUUAAACUUUAAAAAUUGUAUUUAUUUACUUCGGCUAAAAUGUAAAACCAUCUCUGAAGUUUGAAAGAAUUUUUCACAAAGUAAUCCUUAUUACGUUUUAAGUCCAUUCCACUGCAGUGCAAAAGAUUCUGACUCACAGCGACCCUACAGUACAUUUUAGAGUCAAUUCAAUUACUUGAAAUAGUCACAUGUAUUUUUGUUUUGCAUCUUUCUAAAUUUUUGGACAUACAGAAAUAUAUGGCUGUCUGAGCUAAAAAAUGUGUUACUAGAUUGAAGAUGUCUAGACAAAGAGUAACCAGAGUUUUCUUACAGAGAACUGAGCUCCUGCCAGCAACACACAUUUGCUGCCUUUCUCUUUUCCUUUAAUAAGCAUGUAGGAUUUAUUUUCUUCUGUAGUCUUUAUUUCUUCUGAAAUGCAUGUCAUAGCAGUAAGCUUUGAAAACCGUACUUCUGUUUUUUUCUUUUUAACUGAGAAAAAAAAUUCCGAUUUUACUUAACUGUUGAACGCAGUCGCUCAAGUUCAGUGCAGAGUAGCUAAGCGCAUAGUAUCAGUGUUGGAUGUUUCAGUAUGUUUCCAUCUAGGAAUGAAAGAGCUACCAAUUGGAAUCAUUUCCCCAAAUUAACCAUUAUGUUUGAGGUUUUAGAGUCUCCUGAUAACUCUGUGAACGGCUUAAAAAUUUCCUGAAUGGCAUCAGUUACUUCCUGUGUUAUCUAAAAACAGUCAUUGUGAUUCUGUUUGUUACUUUUAUAAGAAAAUAUAAACAGUUUCAUUUGAAAAGUAUACUAACUGACUCUAGUAUAGACUCUACUACCAAAUUCUGAGCGUUGUUACAUAGUAGCCUAAUCACUAAACAAUAGAUGCUGUUCUUAUAUAACAUUUAAUAAGUGAUUAUUAUGUAUUUCCUGUCUCAUCCAUAUAAGCAAAUGUAACUUAUGAAAGACAAUCAAAUUGUCAAGUCAUAAAAGGGAAAUAAAAUUGUAACAGACCACAAUUAUUGCCUCUUGUCACGCACUGCAUUGUGUUAAUAACUGCUCACACUGCUUUCAAUUAAUCUAAUGCUGAUUGCUUCUAACCUUCACUAAACAGCUAUGGAAAUUGCUCUAGUUUAGCCUGUGACGCUUAUGAUUAGAGUCAACAGUUUGACAUGGCCGGCUCACCUGAUGCGGUCGCCUCCUCACCGCCAGCUUUCUUAAGGUCUGGCUCAGUUUAUGAACCUCUUAAAAGCAUUGAUCUUCCAAGAUGUGAUAGUGAAACUCUGUGGGAUAAAUUGGAUCGGUAUUACAGAAUUGUCAAGUCAACAUUGUUGCUGUAUCAAAGUCCAACCACAGGCCUCUUUCCCUGUAAAACAUGUGGAAACAAUCAGAAGGCCAAGAUCCAGGACAGCCUGUACUGUGCUGCCGGGGCCUGGGCUUUGGCUCUGGCAUACAGGCGCAUUGACGAUGACAAGGGAAGGACCCAUGAGCUGGAGCAUUCGGCUGUAAAAUGUAUGAGAGGAAUUCUCUACUGCUAUAUGCGUCAGGCUGAUAAGAUUAGGCGGUGUGCCACUUUUACCAGAGAAGAGCGGGGAACCCAUUCUGAAAUCCAAGAUACUGUGGCCAGCCAAAGGGUCCAGCAGUUUAAACAAGAUCCACGCCCGACGACGUGUCUGCACUCUGUCUUCAACGUGCACACAGGAGAUGAAUUCUUCUCUUAUGAGGAGUAUGGUCACCUCCAGAUAAACGCGGUGUCUCUCUAUCUCCUUUACCUGGUGGAGAUGAUUUCUUCAGGAUUGCAGAUCGUCUAUAACACUGACGAGGUCGCUUUCAUUCAAAAUCUUGUAUUUUGUGUAGAAAGAGUUUACCGUGUGCCAGACUUUGGUAUUUGGGAAAGAGGAAGCAAAUAUAACAAUGGCAGUACUGAACUACAUUCAAGCUCUAUUGGCUUAGCAAAAGCAGCCCUAGAAGCAAUCAAUGGAUUCAACCUUUUUGGCAAUCAGGGCUGCUCUUGGUCAGUGAUAUUUGUGGAUCUUGAUGCUCACAAUCGCAAUAGGCAGACCCUGUGCUCACUGUUACCCAGGGAGUCAAGAUCUCAUAACACAGAUGCUGCCCUGCUCCCCUGCAUCAGUUAUCCUGCAUUUGCCCUGGAUGAUGAAGUUCUUUUUGGCCAGACGCUUGAUAAAGUGGUUAGAAAAUUAAGAGGAAAAUAUGGAUUUAAGCGUUUCUUGAGAGACGGUUAUAGAACAUCAUUGGAAGACCCCAACAGACGCUACUACAAACCAGCUGAAAUUAAGCUCUUUGAUGGCAUUGAGUGUGAAUUUCCCAUAUUUUUCCUUUACAUGAUGAUUGAUGGAGUUUUUAGAGGCAAUCCCAAUCAAGUAAAGGAAUAUCAGGAUCUUCUGACUCCAGUACUUCAUCACACCACAGAUGGAUACCCUGUUGUACCAAAGUACUAUUAUGUGCCCGCUGACUUUGUAGAACUGGAAAAAAGAAACCCUGGUAGUCAAAAGCGAUUUCCUAGCAACUGUGGCCGUGAUGGAAAACUGUUUCUUUGGGGUCAAGCCCUUUAUAUCAUCGCAAAACUCCUGGUCGAUGAAUUAAUCAGCCCUAAAGACAUUGAUCCAGUUCAGCGCUAUGUCCCACUACAGAAUCAACGUAACGUGAGCAUGAGGUUUUCCAAUCAGGGCCCACUGGAAAAUGAUUUGGUAGUUCAUGUAGCACUUGUAGCAGAAAGCCAACGCCUUCAAGUUUUUCUCAACACGUAUGGUAUUCAGACUCAAACUCCUCUACAGGUGGAACCUAUUCAGAUUUGGCCUCAGCAGGAGCUUGUGAGAGCUUACUUCCACCUGGGUGUCAAUGAAAAGCUGGGACUCUCCGGAAGGCCAGACAGGCCCAUCGGCUGCCUCGGUACAUCAAAGAUUUAUCGAAUUCUGGGAAAGACUGUGGUUUGUUACCCCAUCAUCUUUGACCUAAGUGAUUUCUACAUGUCUCAAGAUGUUUUACUGCUAAUAGAUGAUAUAAAGAAUGCACUGCAGUUCAUUAAACAGUACUGGAAAAUGCAUGGACGUCCGCUUUUCCUUGUUCUCAUCCGGGAAGACAAUAUCAGAGGUAGCCGGUUCAACCCCAUAUUAGAUAUGCUGGCAGCCUUUAAGAAGGGAAUGGUUGGAGGAGUCAAGGUUCAUGUUGAUCGUCUGCAGACGCUAAUAUCUGGAGCUGUAGUAGAGCAACUGGACUUCCUACGGAUCUGUGACACAGAAGAACUUCCAGAAUUUAAGAGUUUUGAAGAGCUAGAACUUCCCAAGCAUUCAAAAGUCAAAAGACAAAGCAGCACCUCCAGUUCUCCUGAACUGGAGCAGCAGCCGGAUGUCACCAUUACCGAAUGGAGAAACAAGCCCACCCACGAGAUUCUGCAGAAACUGAAUGACUGCAGUUGUCUGGCUAGCCAAGCCAUCCUGCUGGGUAUACUGCUCAAAAGAGAAGGUCCCAACUUUAUCACAAAGGAAGGUACCAUUUCUGAUUGCAUUGAGAGAAUCUAUAGAAGAGCUGGCAGCAAAAAGCUUUGGUCGGUUGUGCGCCGUGCAGCAAGCCUUUUAAGUAAAGUAGUGGACAGCCUGGCCCCAUCCAUUACUAAUGUUUUAGUGCAGGGCAAACAGGUAACUCUGGGUGCCUUUGGGCAUGAAGAAGAGGUUAUCUCUAAUCCUUUGUCUCCAAGAGUGAUUAAGAACAUCAUCUAUUUUAAGUGUAACACCCAUGAUGAGAGGGAAGCAGUCAUCCAGCAAGAACUGGUCAUCCAUAUUGGCUGGAUCAUCUCCAAUAACCCCGAGUUAUUCAGCGGCAUGCUGAAAAUACGAAUUGGGUGGAUCAUCCAUGCUAUGAAGUAUGAGCUGCAGAGCCGUGGUAGAGACAAGCCAGCCAAGGACUUGUAUCAGUUGUCACCUAGUGAAGUUAAACAACUUCUGCUGGAUAUUCUCCAGCCUCAACAGAGUGGAAGAUGCUGGCUGAACAGGCGUCAGAUCGAUGGGUCUUUGAAUAGAACUCCCACCGGGUUCUAUGACCGAGUAUGGCAGAUCCUGGAGCGGACACCCAACGGUAUCAUUGUCGCUGGGAAGCAUUUGCCACAGCAGCCAACCCUGUCAGAUAUGACCAUGUACGAGAUGAAUUUUUCUCUUCUUGUUGAAGACAUACUCGGAAAUAUUGACCAGCCGAAGUACAGACAGAUCAUCGUGGAGUUACUGAUGGUUGUCUCCAUUGUGCUGGAAAGGAACCCCGAGCUGGAAUUUCAGGACAAAGUGGAUCUAGACAAACUGGUGAAAGAAGCGUUUCAUGAAUUCCAAAAGGACGAGAAUCGGCUGAAAGAAGUUGAAAAACAAGAUGACAUGACUUCCUUUUACAACACUCCACCCUUGGGAAAAAGAGGAACCUGCAGCUAUUUGACAAAGGUUGUGAUGAAUUUGCUGCUGGAAGGAGAAGUCACACCCAGCAAUGAGGACCCCUGUCUGGUUAGCUAGUGGGGAACAGAGAACGGACAUUAUCUGGAAGUGUGUGAAGCUUUAUCAAGGUGGACUGACCAUGCUGGGAGGUGGUCGCCAUGCCCUCAGCAGAGCUGUUAGAUUCUUGCAUGCCAUAGCUAUGCUGAUGGUAAGAAGUGCUUCUAAUCAAGUGAAAAGGGUUCUCGUGGUUAUGCCAACAACAGUAACAGUCUUCUUUGAACAAUAGAAAUAGUUUAUGAAUUGAAAAUCACCUCUGCAUGUCUCAUGAUCAUCUAGAUAGCUCAUGAAAAUGAAGCUUUGCUCUUUGGACUAAAUCCCCACUUCCCAAAAAAUACAAACCAAACCCACUGCUGUUGAGUUGAUUCCAACUGACAGACAACCUAUAGAACUGCCCCAUAGCUUCCAAGGGUGUACAUCUUUACAGAAGCAGACUGCCACAUCCUUCUCCCACAGAGCGGCUGGUGGGUUUGAACUACUGCACCAUCAGGGCUCCUUUAAAGUCCCACUUUAGUGGCAUUAAAAGAUGAAUUUGCCAACUAGCAACACAUACUGGGAAUCAGAAAGUAUUGAAAGAAUGGUGAAUUUUUUUUUGUGGCAUUGUCACGCUGCUGCUGUUGUGUUAGGUGCUGUUGAGUCAGCUCUGACUCAGAGCCACCCCAUGUACAACAGAACAAAACACUGCCCGGUCCUGCGCCAUCCUCACAAUCGCUGCUGUGUUCGAGCCCAUUGUUGCAGCUACUGUGUCAACCCAUCUUAUUGAGGGUCUUCCUGUUUUUUUGCUGACCUUAUACUUUAUCAUGCAUGAUAUCUAUCCUUCUCCAGGGACUGAUCCCCCCAUGACAUGUCCAAAGUACAUGAGACAAAGUCUUGCCACCUUCACUUCCAAGCAGCAUUCUAGCUGUACUUCUUCUAAGACAGACUUGUUCGUUCUUCUGACAGUCCAUAGUAUAUUCACUAUUCUGUGCCAAAACUAUAAUUCAAAGGCAUCACUUCUUCUUCAGUCUUCCUUAUUCGUUGUUCAGCUUUUGCCUGCAUAUUAAAAAAAAGGCAAUUGAAAAUACCAUGGCUUGGGUCAGGUGCACCUUAAUCCUCAAGGCGACAUCUUUGCUUUUUAACACAUUAAAGCGGUUUUUUGCACUGGAUUUGCCCAGUGCAAUAAGUCUUUUGAUUUCUUGACUGCUGCUUUCAUGGGCGUUGAUUGUGAAUUCAAAUAAAAUGAAAUCUUUGAUAACUUCA